UCCUCCUCUAUAGGAAACAACCAUCAUUGCUCCAAACAAUCACUUUCAUCCUUACAUAAUCUCUGCUUCUUCUCUUCUUCUUAUUAUUCUCUUUCUCUCUCACUCUCCUUUUCAUCUAUACAUACACAUCCAAAUCUCUAUAUAACCUUUUAAUUCUCUCCUUCCCAAAUCUCUCUCCCUAUAAUCUCACCAAUAAUCAACCAAACAAACCAACAAACACCAAAUAUUUUUUAAGGGUCAAUAAUGGAUCAGUCUUGUUCAAACUCAGUAAACGGAUUCUACUCGUUUCUAAACAGAUCAAUGGAAGAUCUCGAAAGGGUUUAUAUCUCCAACAACUUCAUGUCCUUACAGUUCCUACAGAGAGUCAUCUGUCUUCUAAGAACCUCUCACUCUCAUCUCACACUUCUUGUCCAGAAACUUAACCUCCCUGUCGGUGACAAGUGGCUUGACGACUACAUGGACGAAACUUCCAAGCUUUGGGACGUCUGCCACGUCAUCAAAUCCGCUAUCUCCACCAUCGAAAGCUUUUGCUCCUCCGCUAUCUCCAUCACCUCCACCCUCGACGGCCACUACCACCACCGUCGUCUCCUCUCCCCUCAGAUUUCCCGGCAGGUGAUACGAGCGAUAUCUGGAUGUAGGAGAGAAGCGGUGGGGAUAGAAGAAGAAAACAGAGCAUUAAUGGAGAAUCGUAUUCAAAGGUUUCCUUUUUGGUCGGAGCAAGUUACUACGACGGGGAUGGAGUCUUCCAAGAUACAGAACGGUUUCAGCGGUUUCAGAGGAGUGAUGAACACUAUGAAGAACAUAAACUCGUUACUUCUCGUGAUCUUGAUGCAAGGUCUUGUUUAUUACAUUCCCGGAGACACGACGGUUCCGACGGGGACGAUGAUGAGGUUAAAGCAGAGAGUGGCGGCGGAAAUGGAGAGGAUAGGGGUGAGGAAAGGAAUGAUGAUGUACGAGUAUAGGAGAAGCAAGACGGCGAUGGAGGAGCUUAAGGUGGAGCUGGAACGGCGGUGUUGCGGCGGCGGAGGAGAGGAGGAGGCGGUGGAGAAGGGGUUGAGAGAGAGAAUUGAGAAUUUGAAAGGAAGUGUUGGGAGUUUGAGGAAUGGAACAGAGAGUAUUGUUGCUCAGAUUGAUGAUUUCUUUGAUGAUAUUGUUGAUGGUAGGAAAAUGCUUUUGGAUUAUUGUAGCCACAGGUGAUGAAUUAAAAAUGAGUGUUAUUAGGUUUUAAUUAGAGAUGAAUCAGAUUGUUAAUUAAUGGGAAUCUCCUCUGGUUUUAUUUGAAGUUUUAAAAUAUAUCUAAUCAAAAUAUAUGUUUUAUUACUAUUGUUGUUGUUGUUGUUUAAAUUCAGAACAGAGAG